AUUGUGAGGGGCAUGAGUAGCCUCCCAGAGCAUCAAGUGUUGAAGAUGCCUGCUCUGUCUCCAACCAUGAAAACAGGAAACAUUGCAAGCUAUAAGAUUAAGGUCGGCGACAAAGUGUCUCCCGGAGAUCUUCUGUGCGAGAUUGAAACCGACAAGGCCACUAUCGGAUGGGAAUCACAGGAUGAGGGAUAUAUCGCUGCCAUCUUGAUGCCGGAAGGGUCGCAGGAUGUCCCAGUGGGUAAAGAAGCCAUUGUGCUCGUAGAGAAUGCAGCAGACGUCCCUGCCUUUGCCAAUUACAAGCCUGGAGAGGACUCUGCUGCCAAGGCUGAGCCAGCACCUGCUGCUCCGCAACCCAAGCAUAGCGCCCCUGCGGCAAAUACAAAAAGUUACCCGCCCCAUCAGUUGCUAAACAUGCCAGCUCUAUCUCCAACCAUGACUGCUGGCACUAUUGCUGGGUUCAAGGUUAAAUUGGGGGAUAAGAUUUCUCCGGGUGAUUUGCUAUGCGACAUUGAAACAGACAAAGCGACCAUCGGUUGGGAAUCGCAAGAUGAGGGCUACAUCGCAAAGAUUCUGGUGGCUGAAGGCGCAAGCGAAGUUGCCGUUGGAGUCCCAAUCUUCGUGGUUGUUGAUGACAGCGGAAUCGUCCCUUCCUUCCAGGACUUCACGGUAGACACCACCAAACCGCAAGGCGCUGGUGGAGCUGCGGCUAAGGCACCAAGCAGUGAACAGCCGAAGUAUGUGCAAAUUGCUCUUGUUCAUCGUUCAAUGUCCACUAAUGAUGCAACAGAGAGUGCUCCUGCACCUGCAUCACAAGCAGUUGAGAACAAGGGCGGGCGUGUGCUGGCUUCGCCCUUGGCAAAGAAGUUGGCCAAGGAAAACGGUAUCGACUUGAGAUCGACUACUCCUACCGGACCACACAACCGAGUCAUUGCUGCUGACGUUCUACAAGCUAUCGAGAGUGGAGUCGGCUCAAGUGUGCAGAGCGCGUCAUCUGCGGGUGUUGCUGGUGUGGAUUACACGGAAAUUCCACAUUCCAACAUCCGCAAAGUUAUUGCAUCGAGGUUGCUUCAAUCGAAGACAACCAUCCCACAUUAUUACCUGUCAAUGGAUGUGUGUGUGGACGACUUGCUGAAGCUUCGUGACCAGUUGAACUCAAAAGCCAAGUAUGACAAGGAGGGCAAGCCAGACUACAAAUUGUCUGUCAACGAUUUUAUCAUCAAGGCUUCUGCUCUUGCUUUGAGAGAUCAUCCCGAGGUGAAUGUUUCAUGGAUGGAGAAUGCCAUUCGCAAGUACAACUACAUUGACAUCAGCGUUGCCGUCGCAUCUCCGACGGGCCUGAUCACCCCGAUUGUGACCGAUGCGGACAUGAAGGGGCUCCUGGGCAUCUCUAACGAAGUGAAGGCCCUCGCAGCCAAGGCCAGGGAUGGAAAGCUUCAGCCCCACGAAUUCCAGGGUGGCACUUUCUCGGUUUCCAACUUGGGAAUGUUUGGGAUUACGAGCUUUGCCGCUAUCAUCAAUCCUCCGCAGUCCUGCAUCCUUGCAGUUGGUGCGACUGAAGAACGAGUGGUCCCAGCCAAGGGUCCCAACGAGGACUAUGCGGUCUCUAGCUUCAUGCGCAUUACCCUUAGCUGCGAUCAUCGAACUGUCGAUGGAGCUGUUGGCGCCCAGUUCCUGCAGACGCUCAAGAAGUACCUCAGCAACCCUUCGACGAUGUUAUUGUAG